AUGGAGGCGCGGCGCGACAUCCUUAAUCUAGCCGGGAUCGGGAAGGGGCAUAAAUCUUGCAGGUCCGGGCGGCUUUUGAAUCAUUUAGCGCGGCGCGGCUCGACGCCCCGCGCGACUUCCGUCCGGCACGUGCUUCGCCACCCCCCGGCCCCCCGCGGGCCGCGUUUCGCCCCCCAGCGCGGUUCGAGCCCUCCGUGCCGCGCCACCCGCGCCACGAGCGCGUCUGUCUUGCCGAGACAAAGGGGCGCUAGUGGUGCGCCUCGCACCGCACCGCAUGAUGUCGAUGUUUUUGGACAUGCGAUUUUGCGGGAAAUCGACAACGGUCCAACACUAUUGCACGACGUCCGAGCCGUCUCUAAUUUGAAUUCACGGAGACUCCGCGACGCGUCCGCCGCGUCCGCCGCGCCCGACUUAAUGAAUCGCGAGGGGGGCCCACCCGGUGGGGUGGCCGGGGGCGAUCGGACGGCCGCAUCCUCCGCGCGGAUAAGUGACGCCCGUGUUGCUCCCUACAUCGGUACA